AUGUCCCAUGGAAUUGUAGUUUCCCAAAGAGGGACCCUCUCCCACCCGGCCCCGCAUCCCGGGCACGACCGCUGCUCUCCGCGGCCGGGGGGGCCGGGCGGGCUCCCCCGCGGGGCCGGGGCUGGGCCGGCGGCGGUGCCGUGUCCCGUCCCCCCCGCGGCGGCCGGGCCCGUCCCCUCCCACCGUGGAGCCAAGUUCAAACCGCGGGCCCCGGCGCAGCGGGACGGGGCCGGACCGGGCUCCCCGGGACCGCCGCGCCCGCGGGGCUCCAUGAUUUUCCCCCGGGUGCUGUCCUGUGCUGUUCUGCUGCUCCUGCUGGUGGCCGUGCUGAGCAGAGGCAGGAGGUGCAGCAUCGCCAAAAUCCUGCGGCAGUACCGCGCUGUCAUCUUCCAUGAGCUCCAGAACCUGAGGAACCUGACUGGGUCGGUGUACAGGAGCGGGAGGGCCGGGCCCGCUUGUCGUUCGGACAAGGACCAGAAGAUCCUGCUGUCCAUCUACAACAUCAGCAUGUCCCUGCGGGAGGUGGGGGCCGGCACCCUGCAGGGCCCUGAGGAGCUGGCGGUCUGGAGGGUGGCCAGGAACACCAACUUUGUGCUCCGGGAGAACUGCAGGAAAAUCAGCAAGAUCGCAGCGCGCAGCGCCCCGGUACCGCGGCGGCGCGGGGCAGCCGGCCGCAGGAGGCAGCAGCUGCGGGACCUCGGCAGGAAGGCGGAGAGGCUGGCGAACUGCUGGGAGAAGCUCAACGCCCUGCACGCUCCCCGCCGAACUUCCUGGGACUCGUAGUGACGCCCUGGCCGCACGCCGGGGGAUGGAUGUGCUGCUCCAGCCCCGGGGCUUUUUUGGAAGGACAUUUCCCCUGGAGCACCAGCCAGGAGGGACCUGCAGUGUGCCCCUGCCUCAGUUUCCCCAGCCCGUCUCCGGCCGUGUGGCUGCUGUCCCAGCCCUGAGGGGCUGUGGAGGACACGAGAUGGCAGCAGCGGGCUGUGUGUGCUGAGCGGAGCCAGGCACUGCCCACGCCGGGAGUUCCCAUGGCCACACCAGCAUCGCCGGCCCUCGUCCCCGCCGAGCUCGGCCACCGACCCCGGGCCGGGCAGGGCUGUGGCCAGGGGGGCACAGAGCGCUGCAGUGAGUGGGGUACCCCCCAUGCCCUGGAGGGAGGUGGGGGUCGUCUUUCCCUGGGGGUUUCUGGGGCUUCAAACUAGGAAGGGGGGAUUCGGGGAGGGAAAGGCCAGGAGUGCUCAGGGUCCUUGCCCAGCCCCUGCCUCUGGGAACUGGGCAGGCAGGAGCUGGAAGGGCUUCAUGGCCAGGGGAGGGUGAGUGCCCUGCCCUGGGCACAGCAGAGUCCCUGGGGUGUAGCAGGGUGCAGGCAGGAUGGGUUGAUUUGAUGGGGCAGGAGAGGGACCCUGGUCUGGGGGUCAGAGCAGGGGGUGCAGCCUGGCAAUGCUGCUCUUGUGGGGUCCCUGGAAGAUGCUCUCUGCCUGGCAUGGGGCUGGCUGGCACCAGGGGCCCUCCAGGGAGCCACAGCUCAGCACAUCCCGAUGCCAGAGGCCUCCUGGAGCCGUGCUCCUGCCUGGCUGGCCCCAUGAUGCCUGGGCUCCUUCCUCUCAGCUCCAUCCUCCUCCUCGGCAGCCAGCACUGCCCUUUCUGCUGCCCCCACAGGAGGUUUUGCACUGGUUCCGUUCUUAGGUUUUUUUUCUUAUUCUUCCUCCCUUAUCCCAACCGCGGUCCCUCCACAAACCACUAGCAUCCCAAAAUAGCCCUACUGACACUUGAUACCCCACAGAUGAGGCUGGGGGCCACGGCAGGACCUGAUAGCUCAGGCACCAGCAGGAUGGGGACACUGGCUUGGGACAGGGUCACUCCCAGCCUUUCUCUUUAUCAAGGCUGGAGCAAAGUCCCCCCUUCAGUGACCUGUCAGCACCUUCCCAGAUAAACCAGAGCAAAAACCACCUCCCUUUACUACCCUUCCCUCACAGGCAGCUGCUGCUGGAAACCUGGUGUGGCAGUGGGAGUGAGUGCAUGGAAAGGAAGGAAAGAGUGAAGGAAGAAGCAGCAGGGAGGGAGGGGGAAAAACGAGGUCGUUGUGAUGGUGGAAUCACUGCAAAAACAGCCGGAAAAAGGAAACAGGCCCUGAAAAGUCAAAUAAAAAUAGCAGCGAGGCGAACCCAAGUGUGCAGCACAUGGGAGUGAGCGCAUUUCCUUCGAGGGCAGCUCCGCGCACUCCCGGCUGCUCCGGGAGGGCGGCUCUCAUGUGGCUCCAGCCGCUGCCAUGGCCCCCAGUCCCCCCGUGCUGUGCCAGGCACUCAGAGCAGCUCAGGGCCCAGCCAGCUCCUGCCUCACCCGGGGUCCCUGUGUGCCCUCGUGCAAGCCCUGCAGGGAUGUGGCAGGGGCUGCACACGGGUGCUGGAGCCGAGGGCAUGCAGGGGCUGGGGGCUCCUGGCCGUGCCCACAGCCCCGCCUCCUGCCCUGUGCCCGGCUCGCUUUGCCAGAUGCAUCCGAGCACUGUGAGAGCAGCACAAUCCCGGCUUCCUCCCCUCCCCGCUUGUUUUGCAAUCACAGCAGGGUCCCGCUGGGAAAUGGGGGUUGGUGGAGUGGCUGCGGGGACAGGGAUAGAGGCGAGGAUGGGGACUGGUGCUCCUUGCCAGGACCACUGGGCUGUUCCCAGCCCGGGUCGGGGCUAAGCUCAGCGGCAGUAGCAGAGGCCAGUGCGGGGGGCACUGUUCUGGGGGACAGUGAUGGGGGAUUAGAGUGGGGUACCGUGUCCAGGGCCCAUACAGGGGGCAAUGCCCGGGUGCUGUGCUGUGGGUCCACACCAGGGUGCCGUGCCCAGGAACUGUGCGUGGGGAGCUUUGCCACACUGGGGGACCAUGCCUGGGGGAUAGGGGCUGCUGUGGUUCUGCAGAGGCACGUUUCAGCCCUCCUCACCACCACUGUCCCACCGAAACGCAGCUGUCCCUGAGCCAUCACCAUCUUGGGGUGCCAGCAGCCCCUCUUGGCUCUGGGGGACCCUUGCCCACAUAAACCUCUGCUUCAAUCCUCACUCCUUCUGCAGCGGGGCUGGGGGCCCAGCCCCUGGCAGCCCUGGCACACGCAGGCUGUGUCUGAUGGAGCAGAGCAGCGUUUUGUUCUCUCCCAUCUCCCUGCAGCUUCGUGAAGCUGCUGAAAGCCCAGAUUUACAGUGUGAUAAACGCUGGAGGCUCUGCAAAAUAUCUAACUGCUCCAUCCUUUGGGGAGAGGUUGGUUUGGAGGAGCGGGGAGCUCUGGGCAGCACACCCGGAGGCAGAACAGCACAGUGGGUCUCAGGGAGGAGGGAUGGCCAGGGCUGAUGGAGCUGUGCCAUGACCCAGGUGGGUCCCGGCACUCCUGGCCAUGGGUCACUGGGUGCCUAAGCCCCUGUGGGCAGUGGG